AUGGAGAGAGACAAAUUUUGGGAUGAUGUGCAAAAGAAAAUUCAUGAAGAAUUGAGGACGAAAAGACCCAAGGACGUCGAUCCCCGCAUAUUUUCGAUGAACGAACAAAUUGGAUACGCCAGCAGUGUGUUGCGCCGUCACGAUGACAUCUUUUUCGCGACGAUGAAUUUUAUGUUUUCUACACUUCCGCGAAAAAUGUUCGAAUUAAAUAUGGCCAAUGAGAAUGUCUAUACACUGAAAAUGGAGAAUUUGAAACUGAAAAAAAUGAGUGAGGAGGAGAGAAAAGUGUUGAAAAAGCACGCGGAACAGAACAUGGCCGCAGAUCGAGCGGCAUAUGAAAAAGAUCGGUUGGAUUUCGAUCGAUUGAUGGAAUCGAUGUGUUGUACAAAAGAUGAUCUAUCGAAAACCGAUUUCCAUUUUGAAGUGACCAGGCUGAUUCAAACGAUGAAACCCGAUCCGACUCUAUUUGAACAUGUGGAUACAUUUUUAAAAAAACUAGAAGAUCCAGAAGAAACGAUACGUCUAAGACAACAUCAAGAGAAAAUGCAGGAACAAAUGGAAUCGUUGAAGCGAGAUUUUGCAAUAGAUUUGGAACUUGCAGACGCAAACUACAAAAGAAGCAUCAAAGAAUGUAAUGAUCGAUAUGAGAAAGUCAAGGCGCUAUGCGACGAGACAAUGUCAAAAAUGAAAGAUAAGGACAGGCAAAUAAUGGAGUUGAAGAUUUCGAGAGAUUUAAAAAAUCACCAAUUGAGCAAGGCGAAUAGGGAAGCCGCCAAAAUCGAUGGAAUGGUUUUCAUCAACGAGAACUUCCCCCACGUCUUCAAUUCGCUGAUCUAUCGAGACUGUGUGAUCAGUGUAAUCAAUAAUCGAUUGUGUGUUCUGGAAAAGCGUCAAAUGGACGAUCAUAUCCAAUAUUUGACAAUUAUUCGGGAUAUAAAAUUGGACAUGGUUCGGAAGUAUGAUUCAGGAAAUACUGCACUGAUCUCGAAGAUCAAUAAUGAGCAUAUGCAACAUUUAGAGAACACCAAGUCCAUGUUCCACACCUUUGUCCAAACUCAAAUUCUCAAAGACGAGUGCGCAAGAAACGAGAAAUGGCUGAUGGAAGUUCGAAAAACGUUCUACCUCAACGAAGGCGACCUAAAAACAUUCGCCGCGAAAGUUCCAAAAACGAUAAAUCGCCGAAUUUUCGGAGAAAUCAAAGACGAUUCGAUUGAAGCGCGGAUGUUUGAUGUGCAGGCCUGGGCGAAGGAGUGUUUGAGAUUCAAACAGCUCAAUGAUCUACUGAUAAGAGAGAAAUCAAAUCUGGUUAAAGAAAUCUCCGAGUUGAAGUUUCAAAUUUGGGAUAAGGACUAUAUGAUCGCGGAUUUGAAGUACCGUAUUACGAUUAUGCAAGCCACUUCGAAUGAGAGAUUCCAGUCUAUCGAACAACACGCGUCAAUGAUUGUUGACUGGCUCAAAAUGAAGUUAGCGUUAAAUCAACAAGUUGAAGGAUCGGAAUUAGUUGAGGAGAACGGAAAAACUUUAACCCCUCUCGAGAAGGCUCGCAUGGAAUACAUUCACUGUGAAAGCUGUCUGAAGACCGCUGCAGCAGCCGAGAUUGCUCAUAUGAAGUCUAGAAGAGCUCAAGGACUUCCAGCAAUCGAUUCUGAAGACACGGAUCGUUUAGCGCUUCUGGCCAUCCCGUUGGCACAGUGCCAAGCGGCAAAGAAGGCGUUGAUUGGAAUUGUGAAUCAGGAGAUUAAAGUGAACACAGAUACCGUAUACAAAACGAAUUGGGAUUUCAAGCAAGCAGUGGAGGAUAGAAUAACUUUGGAGAAGGAUAAGGAGAUUCGAGAGUUGAAGGAGAACUUGGAGGAAGUUUCUGGAAAGCUGGAGAACUGUGAAAAGGAGUUGAAGAAGAAAAACGAGCAUAUCGACAUUGUCGAAGCGAUUUAUAUCAAUAAUCGAUAUGGUGGACCACGAGUUCAGGUGUCCGCUGGAAGAAUGUGA